AUGUCAGUCACAUCAGAAUAUACUGCCGAAGCUAUAGCAGCCCACAAUACGAGAACAGAUUUGUGGGUUACGAUUCACGGAAAGGUUUACAAUAUAACUGAGUACGUCAGAGACCAUCCCGGCGGUGCCGAUGUUUUGAUUGAUGUUGCUGGAACGGACGCAACAGCUGCAUAUGAAGAGGUCGGCCAUUCUGACGAUGCGGACGAGAUUCUGCACUCUUACUUAAUGGGGACUUUGAAAGGUGCUGUCGAGUUCAGCAAGCCCAAGGCCGUCAAAGUCAUUGCUCAAGGCCCCCCGGCUACUAAGGCCACGAAGCCUCGAUCGGCUUUUAGCACAGUGCUCGUAUCAGGAUCUCUCGGAGGGGCCGUACUAUACUACCUGUUCGCCAACAAGAUUCCUAUGGCUGAGGGGCUAACGAAGGCCUCUCAGGCUGUGGUCAAUUCAGGGUUCGAUAUGCGCCUUUUUCAAGGGGGAAUCUCAACUGGAGGGUUUUCCAGUGGAUUCAUCGCUGCUACUCUUCUGUCUACCGCGAUCGGCGGUAUAUUUGGAAAGAGACUGUCCAAGCUGCUCCAAAUUGACUCUGGAUUUGCCAAAUUUCCAUCUCACGUGAAAUCGCACCCGGUACAACAGCCAAAUCCGCACCUUAUCAGCGGAUUCCUUGAGCCCAAGGAAUAUAAGUCUCUUCCUUUGGUUCAAAAGGACGAGCUUGCUCAAAAUGUGUACCGCUUUACCUUCCAACUACCCGGACGACAGGAUGUUAUUGGACUUCCGAUUGGGCAGCAUGUGGCUAUAAAAGCUACUAUUGAUGGGCAAGCUGUUUCCAGGUCAUAUACCCCAACAUCGAACAAUUUGGAUCUGGGAAGACUAGAAUUGGUGAUCAAGUGUUAUCCAGAUGGCCUCCUUACAGGAAAAUAUUUAGCGAAUUUGCAAGUGGGUGACAAGGUCCAGUUUCGUGGUCCUAAAGGAGCUAUGAAAUAUUAUAAUGGCCUCUGCAAAAAGAUUGGAAUGAUCGCUGGGGGAACUGGAAUCACCCCGAUGUAUCAGCUAAUUCGCGCCAUCUGCGAGAAUGACACCGAUUUGACCGAGGUCAGUCUUAUCUACGCCAACCGUACUCAAGAGGAUAUUCUUCUGCGACAGGAGUUGGAAGCAUUUGCCCGUGACUAUCCGCAAAACCUAAAGCUCUGGUAUAUGCUGGACCACCCACCAAAGAAUUGGGCCUAUGGGAAAGGUUAUGUUACCCCCUCUGUCAUGGCAGCUAGGUUGCCUAAGCCCUCACCUGACACGAAGGUGAUGCUGUGUGGCCCGCCAGGAAUGGUCAAUGCUUCGAAAAAGGGUUUGGUUAGUUUGGGAUACCAAUCAUCCGGAGCUGUGUCAAAGAUGACGGAUCAAAUCUUCAGCUUUUAG